AAACCUUUCUUUAUAAUAACUAGACAAAAGUUCGGCUUUGCAGUGCCUCUGAUCUUUUUCACGCUCUUCUUUUCUUUCUCUCUCUUUACUUGGUUUGUGUGCAAUGCAUGAACCAAUGAUACCAACUUAUCGUUAUUCAGUGGUGUCUUCACCUAUGUCUAUAGAUCUCAAUGAAGAUCAUACACACACUCUCUUCAGUACAAUCCAUCAAGUCUCUUCUUCAUCUUCUUCUUUAUCUACUUCUAUUCUCUUCAACCCAGAUCAGGAUCAAGGAGGAUUUCGCUAUUGUGGAUCAAAACAUCUUCAAGAGGCCCAGAAGAUUGUCUGUUUCGGUGGAUCAUGGGAUCAUCAAGCAGAAAAGAUUGAAAACAGAAGUGAUCUCCAGCUUAGACUUUGGAAGAAAGAAGAGUGUGACAAUCUUCAAGGCGAAGACAGUUCAACUAACUGGAUGCCUUCAAAGAUGAGAAUGGUGCGGAAAAUUAUGAUUUCAGAUCAAAGAGGUUCUCAUAUGGCAGAUAUCUCUAAUUCUAAGAAGAUGAAGGCUAAAGAGAAAAACCCAACACUGUCACAGCUGGUAACUGAUGAUAGUAACUACAACUCUUCUUCAAACAAGAACAGUCUCACAGCUAGGGUUUGUGCUGAUUGCCACACCACUAAGACCCCUCUCUGGAGGACUGGACCAACAGGUCCUAAGUCUCUUUGCAAUGCUUGUGGAAUUCGACAAAGGAAGGCAAGACGCGCUACUGCUGGAGCUGCAACAAAGGCAAAUGGAACAAAUAAGUUGGAGGCUAAGAAAUCUGAAGUGAAGAAGGGGAAAAAGUUGCAUAGCAAAGGGAAAAAGCCCAAAACUGGGGGUGCACCAGUGCUGGUGAAAAAGAAGCGUAAACCAGCCAAGUUUAGAAAGAAGUUCGGUGCUUUUGAGGAUUUGUCAGUAAGAUUCCAACAAGUUUUCCCUCAGGAUGAGAAAGAAGCUGCAAUCUUGCUCAUGGCUUUAUCUCAUGGACUACUUCAUGGCUUCCCCACAGAUCGCUACAUCUCUUAGAUUUACAAGACUGGUUUCAAAUCAUAAGACAAAUUCUCAGUGUUGCGCUAGAUUUAGUGAUGUUAGUACGGGAACUGAUAAUAGGGACAAUAAAAUUAUGAGGUGUGGUUUUCUCAAGUUGAUUAUAUGAUGAAUUUUGAACAAGAAGACAAAUACAAAAUAAUAGUGUAAUGUGUUUCAA